AUGGAGUCUUUUCUUGGUCUCGACCUCACGAGAAACUAUUCCUUCUUCACAGUCCCAGCUGCAUUCUUCAUCAUCACGUUCCCUCACGCCUACACCAUCACCGCAGGUGCCAAAGGGACCUACGACAACUGUAACCCUCGCUCGCACAAGGACAGAAUCGCCAAUUGCCAAACUCUUGAUAAAUCUCAUAAACAAUUCCUCCUCCGCGCAAAAGCUGCCACAGAAAACGGCCUCGAAACUAUUGGUUGCUAUGCAGCAGGUAUCUUGGCCGCAAAUUUCGCAGCCGUACCAGCGCCAACAAUCAAUAUCCUCGGUCUCGGCUAUGUUGUGAGCCGUCUCCUGUACAACAUCGCUUACCUGUGGUUGCAGGAUAAUCCCCGACUAUCACGGGUACGCAGUUUAGUUUGGGUAACCAGCAUCGGGGUUAUUAUGUCGUUGUGGGUGAAGGCUGGAAACAAGAUGCUAUCCAUGUAA